CAGCUUUGAGCUUUGAUGGUGUUGGACAACAUCCGAGGGUCGGGACCCGGGGGUGGUUUGAAGUGAAGAGGUUCCCUCCGGGCUGGAGGGCGGCGAGGUCAGCCGGAUCUCUGAGAUGUGGGAGGGGAAGGGGAGGGACUGCAGAGCACACGAGGAGCGGCUCUCCCCUCCCGAGGCCGGCCGAGGUGAAGCGGAGCGGCAGCCCUCAUGCCCGGGACGGGAGCCGGAGCCGGAGCCGGAGACGCGGCCAUGUCGGGCCGGCUGCUCACCCCGUCUCCCAACUGGUACUGCAGCCGCUGCAGCGACACCAGCCUCGGCGGCGUCCUGGGCUUCGGAGCCAAGAACGGAGUCUUCCUGCUGGGGGUUGCCCGGGACCGGCCUCUCGUCCUCGGGGAGCUGACGGGCCACACGGAGAGGGUGACGGGAUUUGUGUUUUGCCCACAUCCGGGCCUGUCCGGUAUCUGUGCCAGUGCGUCCGACGAUGGCACCAUCAAAGUCUGGGACACGGAGACUAAAGCCGUGCUGAAGGAGCACGCAGCUCACCAGGCGACCAUCACUGCCCUGCACUGGUCCCCGCUCAGGAAGGAUAUGGUGGUGUCAGGUGAUGAGAAGGGACUGGUCAUCUGCUGGAGGCACUUCAAGGAUGAUACACAGAGCUACUUCCCGGAGCCCCGACACGUCUUCUGCCUUUCCUGUUCACCACACUACGAGGAGCACGUGGCUGUGGGGUACAAAGAUGGAAUGGUUGUCAUCAUCGACCUUCAGAGGAAGGGAAUGGUGGUGCACAGACUCCGCGGUCACGAUGGGGAGAUCCAGUCCUUGGCCUGGUGUCCACAGCUGUGGGAGGAGGGACAGCUUCCCUGUGCUGACUCUAUGGCAGAAACUGAUGAACAGAAUGGGAACCAUGUAAAAGAGGAGACGGUACGGUUCUGUGCGCUGGCGUCUGGGAGCAGGGACCAGACAGUUCGGAUUUGGAACUGCUCUAAGGGGAAAGGUUUGGUGACCCUGAAGUUGCCUCAGCUGAAGAGGCGAGGAGCGGCCGACAUAGGGACUAAGGAGCGGAUAUGGCUCACGUUGCACUGGCCCCAGGGCCGCCCCACCCAGCUGCUGUCCAGCAGCUUUGGGGGGGAGUUGCUGCUCUGGGACUUGGCGAAGUCGGCCAAGCCGAAAUGGACACUGUUGGGCCGAUCUGAGGGCCAGAACCACAACAGGAUCGUCUUCAACCUGAGCUCCAUCCGCCAAGACGCCGGGCCUGAGCUGCUGCUCUCCACCUCCAUGGACCGAGAUGUAAAGUGCUGGGACCUGUCCACUCUGGACUGCUGCUGGACGCUGCCGACGCUUGGCGGUUUUGUGUACGGCCUGGCCUUCUCGCUGGUGAACGUGGGCUCGCUGGCCGUGGGCGUGGGCGACGGGAUGAUCCGAGUGUGGGACACCAUCUCGCUCCAGGGCCCCUACGACAUCAAGACCCUCUGGCAAGGCAUCAAGUCGAAGGUCACGUCGCUGUGUUGGCACCCGACGAAGGAGAACCUGCUGGCAUUCGGGACGGAGGAUGGCAAAGUGGGCAUCUACGAAAUCUACUCAAACAAGUCUCCUCAGAUUUCCAGCUCCUACCACAGGAAAACUGUGUAUGCUCUGGCGUGGGGACCCCCUGUGCCUCCCGUAACUACAGCUGGGGCUGGGGACGGUCCAGCCGUGACCCUGUACAGCUGUGCGGGCGAGGGGAUUAUCCUCCAGCACAACCCCUGGAGACUGACAGCAGACGCUCAGGAUAUCAACCAGAUCAUCCGGGAAACAAAUGGGAUCAAGCACAAACUGCCAGGCCGCAGUGAACUGAGCUGGAAGCCGGAUGGGACGGUCCUGGCGAUCGGCAAUGAUGACGGCUCCAUUGAGAUCUUCCAGGCUCCACUCCUGAGGUUAUUGUGCACCGUCCAGACACAUCACAAGCUCAUCAAUGCCAUCCGCUGGCACCACACCCACAGCACAGACCCUGAGCUCGGCUUCCUGCUGGCCUCUGGAUCCAACAACGCUGUGGUCUAUGUCCACAACCUCAGGACUGUGUUGGAACAUCCCUCUGGGACGCCGACCAUGAUGACUGAGCCGUUCCGAACCCUCGCUGGGCACACGGCGAAGAUCACUAGCCUGGCAUGGAGCCCCCACCACGAUGCCAUGCUGGUGUCUGCCUGCUACGAUGGCACUGCCCAGGUGUGGGACGUCCUGAAGGAGGAGCCCAAGUGCAACUUCCGAGGACACGCAGGGAGACUGCUGGGCGUGCAGUGGUCACCAGUGGAGGCAGACGUGGUCUGGACAGGAGGGGACGACUUCACGGUGCGGCGGUGGGAGGUCUCAAAGCAGGAACACAUCAGACCUCCUCAAGGGAAGAAGCUCUCCGAGAUGGAAAGGAAGAAGAUGAACGGCUUGAAACCCAAAUCAAAGAAAGCCAAGAAAAAAGCGGACAAGAGUGUUGAGGGUCUGGGAGGGGUGGGAUUUUCGGACACUCCAUCGGAGACCGUUCCCACCCCCUGUGUCUGCGAGGAGCCGGAAUGUCCUGGGGAAGUCGAAGCGGGAUUUGUUGGAACCUCUAAGGUGCCAGCGCCUCUGGAAGAGCACGGAUCUCAGGAGAGUGUGGAACCCUCGUGUCCCAGUGUUGCACAGGUCCCUGCAAACCCAAAGCCUCAGGCCAGGAAGGACCGGACGAGGGAUGAGAAGAAGAGAGAUAAGCCAGAGGCUCUGCUGAAGAAGAAGAAGCUCCGGUCGAUGCUUCCGCUGAGUACGGCCAAUGAUCACAGGACCAAGGACGAGCUCCACGCCGACUGCGUCAACCUCGCCAAUAUCCUGUACAAACAGGGGUCCGACAGCCGCGGGCAGGUGGGGUCAGGAGACCAGAUACAGCUCGGCCUCUUCGUGGACCGACCGGCGCUCUACCAGAUGUUCCAGGAGGAAGCUAAGAACCACGUUGAGGCUGGUCACCCCGAGAUGCGUUAUCAACUGCUGCUGUGGAAAGGCGACGUGAAGGGAGCCCUGGAGAUGGCCAUUGAGAGGGGGGAGCUGAAUGACACCUUGGUCGCCGUAGCACCCAUGGCUGGCUACGCGGUGUGGGUGCGGACAGUUGAAGCAUUUGUCAGACAGCUGUGUCACCAGGAGCAUUUCACCAAGGCAGCCACCCUCCUGCUCUCCAUUCACCGCGUGUACGAGGCAGUCCAGCUGUUGAAGGAUCACCAGAUGUUCCGAGAGGCCAUCGCCCUCGCUAAGGCCGUUCUCCAGCCAGACGACCCUGUACUGAGGGAGCUCUACACCCACUGGGCCAGCGUCAUGGAGAAAGACGGGCACUAUUCCAUCGCAGCGAAGUGCUACCUGGCAACCGAAUCGCCCUACGACGCGGCAAAGGUCUUGGCGAAGAAGGGUGACGUGGCUUCUCUGCGGACAGCGGCCGAGGUGGCCUCCAUCACUGGGGAGCGGGAGCUGUGCUCUCAGCUCUCCUCCAGAUGCGCCCUGGACCUCCUGGCACAGAGAGACUGGCUGGGGGCUCAGGAUGUUCUGCGUGGGAACGACAGUCUGCUGGGUCAGAGGUUGGUGCUUUGUACCUACGAGCUGCUCUACAGGACCCUGGCCGAGAAGCAGCUGGUUCUCUGGAGGAGCAUCAACCCUCCACGUUACCACAACUGGAGCCUCCACGCGGAGGGAAACCUCAUCGACACCAUGCUGACCGCCUGGAGCAGCGAGUUUGGAGUCAGUGUGGUGGACGAGUGCCGGCUGGAGGUGGCUCACGGCCAGCUGAGGACCACCGUGUACCCUGAGGCAUCAGCCAACACACCGGCUAGACUGUUACAGCUGCAGAUGUCUCACGAGCUGAGCCUGGCUCUGUCCUGCACACUGCUCUCAAACUACACCGAGUCGCUGGUCGCCCUGCUGAAGGUUCUUGUCCGAUGUCUCAGCGCCGGAGACUUCACAUUGAUGCAAGAAAUUGGCAAACUGCUUUUCCCAAAGGGGGCAGAUUUCAUACCGGACCUGGAGGCCAAGCUGACCCCCGAACCCUUCAGCCUUGCUGCUCUCCGGAGCCUGCGAGCCUUCCUUUGUUACGGGCAGCUUUACGAGCUGUGGUGGGCGCUGGGUGCAGAACAUUCCAGAACAUGGCAGAGCAGCACUGAGGAGAGGCCUGAGCAGGUGCCCACAGACAGCAGCUGUGGGCCAGGACUCGGCAGCACGGCCCAAGAACUCCUGGCUCGCUGCGGCCUCCUGCUGUCAGUGGAGCACGCCCGGCUGCAGGCCCUUGAGAGGAAGACAGCAGAGGUCCAGCAGGCAGUGGCCACACUGGUCAGUCUUCACCAGAGACAGUCAUCUAGCACUGAGGCACUGAAGAGUGGGGCCCAGCUGAAGACUGGGCCUCAAUGUGACAAAGAGCCCGAGAGUGGGACCGUGCCUAGGCCCAAGAGUGAACCAGCCUUAGGGCCCGAUACUGAGCCUGGGGCUGGGACUGAGCCAGAACUGGCACUCAAUGAUACAUCGAAGGCAACAUCUGAGGAAAGACCCACCUCGAGCCACUGUGAGCAGGAGCUCCCAUUAAGGGAGGAAGGAACCAUCUCCAUGGCAAGUCUGAUGGGAGAGCUACAGGACAUCAGCCGAGAGCAGGCAGAGAUCGACGAGGCCGUCAAGCGUUACUCCUUCCCGGAUGUCAUUGACUGCUGCCUUGUCUUCCUUGCCAUCGACUCUCUUGCCCCCUCCCUGCUGCCCCCUGCUCACCGGGAAUCUGCCCGAUCUCUGGCUCAGACCUAUGGCACGGCCAAGGUGCAGCAGAUUCUCCGAAAAUUCCGGCAGGAUACAGACUGAGACGGAGAUGUGUCAGGGCCGAAAUUCCCAGGAUCUGGAGCAACCCUUGGGAGUGUCCGAUCUCCCGUCGGCUCGAGUGAUUGUGUUUGGAGUUCCGAAUGCAGCACGAGUUUACCAUCAGUCCGGGGAGGUCAGGGAGAACUGUGUGAAGUUUGAGAACAGACCCUGGGUUGUGAGGUCUGUUACAAUCUCACCCUCUCCACCUCUCAUAGAUUUGGGAAUUCCACAGUGGGAUUUAUGGACUAACGACGCUCCUUGAAUUCAGAGUGGAACAGACUCUCCCCGCACACCCUGUUCAAGUGGACUUGCCAGAGGACAUGAAGUGCAGAUGUGCUGAGUGAGCCUUUGGGCCUGUGUGUCCCUCUUGCCCAGCUGCCGAACUCAGCCAGGCCUCGAGGCUGACUGAUCUGAGCAGAAUUCCCCACACUCCGAGCCUGGAACCUCCCUGACAUGGUACAGAAACCGAUACACCUCGUAUUCACAGUACCAGAUCUCUUCUCAAAGGACUUUGACCUCUCUCCUAAAUCCAGGGAGCUCAAUCCAUCUUGUGUCUUGGAUUUCUUCAAGUUCAAGCUUAAUAUCAUUCAACCACACAGAAAGUAUAGCCAAAUGAAACGGCGUUUCUCUGGGGCCAAGGUGAAAAACGCAUUACCAACAGCACACUGCUGAUGUAGUACUUAUGGUUACAAUAGCAGGAAAACAGUCACAGAAUGAUUAUUAUAUUGCCCAAGUCCUUGCAUGUCCUGGCCUGUACAUGGGAGGUUGUUCUAGUCCAGCUUGUCCUUCCACCAAGUGGAAAACUAAGAGGGCAGUAACAGGCAAGCAUUGGAGAGCAGCACCGACAGGAAGGGUCGGUCCCUAACCCUGUACGGAUUCCAUAUUCCACAGAGGCCUACUGCACCCCCACUUCUUCACCACUCCUCUCUCCCACCAUCCCCGUACUUCCGAUGUGUACUGGGACCCAUCAGCUUCUCGUUGGUUGACAGGGUUGGUUGGAGAUUAGAGCUGAGGAUCUCUGUAGUGCUGAUUAAUGUUCAGAAAAUCAGGAGAUCUGUUAUUCAUCCCCUAAGAUAUAGUUCCCUAUAAGCCCUUCAGCAGAGAGCUGUGUUCUUGUGUGUGUGUGUGUGUGAGAGACGAAGGAUCUCCCUUGAUACUAAACUCACCCCCAACCCUGGCCAUGUCAUCUUGGACCUCCCUCCAACACGUAUCAAACAGGGGAGAUAGAUUGAAGGAGCAUAUCAGUAGAUUUAAGGUUCAGGCUGUGUGUUGAUUCCAGAUGGAGGGGUUUCUGUUCUGUUUCUGAGUCGUGCGUUGACUGCUGGGUUUGAUUUUUCUAGGUUGUGACUACAUCCCAUUUUUGUACUAACAAAAGAAAUCAAUAAAAAUCCCUGCAUCAUCA